CGAGCCAUACUGGAAAAAAAACCCUGAAACUAAAACGGAUUUAAUGAAUUAAAAGUUUCGGUUUGAACAAUUAACUCAUUCACUCAAAUAGACAAUUUUUUAUUUUUAUUUUUAUUUAUUUAUUUUUUAAAAGUCCUCAUGGCGCCAGGAUGUGGGAUUGAGAACUUACAUUUUCAUUGGUUCGUUUCUAGAAGUCCGUCCGGAGCUGCAGUGAUGAAGGUUCCUGGUCCAGAGUUCCUGGUGCUGCCGUGGCCCGGUGGUUCUGAGCCGGUCCUGGAGGACGAAGGCUGGACUCUGUCGCUGAGAUGUGGAGCUCUGCUGGGAGUCACCGUCAUCUGUGUGGUCGUGUUGAGGAGGUGGAUCUCAGGUGGAGUUUGUCGGUGUCCAGUCCGUCUGGACGGGAGGACGGUUGUGAUCACUGGAGCAAACACCGGCAUCGGGAAAGAGACGAGCAGAGACCUGGCUGGCAGAGGAGCCCGGGUGGUGAUGGCGUGCAGGGACCUGGCCCGGGCGGAGACGGCGGCGGAGGACAUCCGACGCUCGACGGGAAACGGUAACGUGGUCAUCAGACACCUGGACCUGUCCUCAGUCUACUCCGUGAGACAGUUUGCUAAAGAGUUCCUGGAAACUGAAGACAGACUGGACAUCCUCAUCAACAACGCAGGAGUGAUGAUGUGUCCACGAUGGCUGACUGAAGAUGGUUUUGAGACUCAGCUCGCUGUCAAUCAUCUGGGUCACUUCCUGUUGACCAAUCUGCUGCUGCCAAAGCUGAAGAGCUCCGCCCCUAGCCGCGUGGUCAACGUGUCCUCCAUCGCCCACCGGGGGGGUCACAUCGACUUUGACGACCUGUUCUUCAGCAGGAGGCCGUACAGCGCUUUGGAGAGCUACAGGCAGAGCAAGCUGGCCAACGUCCUGUUCUCCAGGGAGCUCGCCCGCCGCCUCACAGACUCGGGCGUGUCCUCGUUCUGCCUCCACCCCGGCGUGAUCCGGACCGAGCUGGGACGCCAUGUGGAGGACUGGUGUCCCCUGCUGGGGACGCUGCUGCGGCUGCCGUCCCUGCUGCUGAUGAAGACGCCCAGCGAAGGCUGCCAGACCUCGGUGUUCUGCGCCGUGACGCCGGGUCUGGAGGGACAGUCCGGCCGCUACUUCAGCGACUGCACGGAGCGGGACGUGUCUCCGGAGGGACGGGACGACCAGGCCGCCAGGAAGCUUUGGGAGGAGAGCGCUCGGCUGGUCGGGCUCCAGGACUCCAGCUGAUCUGACCUCUGACCUCCGGGACGACUGCAGCGCCUCCUUCAGGACACAGGAGACAUGUCCCUUCACAUGUGUGACUGUUGUGUGUUGUUGUCCAUAGGACACACACACAGUUUAAUAACGUUUACACACAUUAACACAUUAACACAUAUCAUCCACAUAUUCUCAGUGUCUUCCUCAAACAACGAUCACGGGUUCUGUUCCAGCAUCAGGACAGGACACUUCUUUGCACUGCACAUAUACACAUAUAUAUAUAUGUUAUAAUAAUUACAACUAUAACUGUGUGUGAGACACUGGCGGGUUAGAGGUAGGGUUCUAGGGUUAGAGUUCUAGAGUUAGGGUUCUAGGGUUAGGGUUCUAGGGUUAGGGUU